CCCGAAAUUUGAACGAGAUUGUUCAACAUACACGUUAUGCUUUUUGUAGUCCAUAUUUGAGGACCUUAGGUGUUAAAGGGUGUAUAAAAAUUCUUAUGCUUUAAGCAAACAUGGUGGCCAGACUAAUCGAGUAUUAACACUCUGGCAGCCUCACUAUUGACAUGCGAAUAUGAUUAUAACCAUCAUAACGGAAUCAAUUGAACAGUUGAACAUGCAAAAAUGAGAUGGGGAAUCAAAACGCAACAGGAAUAGUAGGAGAAGAAAGAGCCGCAAAUGAAGCAGAUAACCACACAGUUCCUGAAAGUGCAAAGAAAGAUGAUUUGACAGAAGAUAACCAUAUGCCUCCUGAAGAUGAAGUCGAAGAUUUUCAAGAAAAUGCUGCAGAUUCUCAUCCUUGUCAUGCUGCAAUGCAGAAACACCUACCUGUGGAAAAGCUGACAGAAAGAGGUAUUGAGAACAAUGAUGAAGAACAUAACACUCCUCCAGGAUAUCAAGAGGUCUCAGAGGAAGAAAAUGGCACAGCUAGUGACGAUAAUGAUGCACAGAGAGAUGCUUCAUUGAAAUUUCUUGACGAAUUAUCCCAUUCAAAAGGUGAGGUAGAGGGAAGUGACUCAAGUUUGGACUCGAAUUCUGAUUUAAAUUCUGAUCCUCGGGUGCAUGUAAAUAUUCCUGGUGAAUCACAAGAAGAAAACGGGGAUUUAUUAUCGAAAGAGAGUAAGGAAACUCGGGAAGUGAGUACGUCAUGCCAUCUUGAUGAGACAUGUCAUUUGAUUGACACCAACAUAGUACCAAAUCUUAACGUCGAGAAAAAUGACUUCGAGGUGAAUGAAAUGGCUUCUCUUGAGGAUGCUAUAUUGGACACAAGUACUCAAAACCAAAAUUCUGCAGCAAUUUCUGAACCACCAAAUGAGUAUCUGGCCACUCCUGAAGAGCUGACACCAAUGGUGAGUGAAUUAGGCAACGGAGAGAAUACGAGCUAUGGAGAACAAACUCAGCCUUCGGAUAAAGAAAUCAAUCAGUUGGUGAAUUUCAAUGCAGAUCAACCUGAGAUGAGGAUUGAAUCCGGGAGUAAAGAAGAUGAGGAGGUAAGUUCAGUCGGGAUUAGUUCCAGUUCUGGACCAGAAAAAGUUGAUCAUGGUGAGGAGACACACAAUCAACCAACCAGAGAACGCAUAGCCACCUGUAAGGCUACAAAUGAAGGUAUACUCGAGAAGGCAGUUCUGGGCAACAAAACUGAUGACAGGGUAGGCGUAGAAGACGUACAAGAAUAUAAUGGCUGUGAACAACUAGUUCGUGAAUGCUCUAUUGCAAAUGUUAGCUAUGCAAUCAAUGAAAUACCAAUAGGGGAUUCACUGGAUAAUACUAUGAAUCUAGAAACUGAACUUACACAAAGUGAUGAGACUAAUUAUAUUCCUUCACAAGGAGGUGUAGGAAAUCAUUUAUUGGAGCUCAGAAAAUCCCCAAGUUUUGACUUUGGUGUUUCAUUCGAUGUUAGGUCUGAAGAAUCUGAUCAAACUCCAUUACUAUAUCAGGACAAAACUGCAAUUCGAAGCUUUUCGAGCUGUGCAACUCUGGUUAGAACCUCAGUACAGUAUGAUGAGGAGGUGGGAGUGGAAGAGAAAACCAUUAGAUUAAUGGAAAGAAGCAAUUCAGAAAAUUCUGGAGGUAUAUUUUCGAACGCGAUCAAGAAAGAAGAAAAAACUACUGCAAUGUAUACAGAAGAAAAACAAGAAAACAAUGGUAUAGAUAAGAAGGGAGAUAAGGAUUUGCAGGCACUGGAGUCAAACUCUCCAAAGGGAAAUGCGAAGCGCAAGCCUAAAUCUUCCAUUUUCACUACCUGCAUUUGUUGCACAGCGGCAAUCAAUUAAUCAAACCUUCAUGCAUGACCCUUUUCAUGAUUUUCCCGGGAAAGUCGAAUCAUUUAUAUAUGUAUGAGCACCUGUUGAUGUUUUUUUAUUUUUUUGGUUUGUUUCUGUUUCGAUUCCAAUUCAGAUUGUUUUUUUCUUUUUCUUUUUUGUGUACAUCACUUUUUUGGCUGGGAAAUUUCUUUAAGGCUUGAACAAAUUGUUUCAUAUAUUCCAUUGUAAACUAAGUAUGUCAAGAU